CGCAGCAGCAGCGCGGCAGCAGCAGCAUCCUACUGGCUGGACUCGGGGAGGACGCACGCUGUCAGACCGGAUCUCCUGAUCCUGUUAGUCUUUUGUGUCCCGCUGCGUUUGAGCGGACCAGUGCGAACGGGAAAGCGGGAGAAAACAAAACGAAAAAAGAAGAUACUCAAAAAGCUUUUGAGUUGCGAAUACUAAAAAAAGUGAUAGAAGCUGGACACUUUUCCCCUCUUCGUUUGGUUUGCUUUUUGGGGGGAUUUAUUGUUCGUACGAGUCGAGCUGGGAUCUGUUCUCCACAGCGGAGCGCACGCCGUAUCUGGUCCAUGGAUUUCUAUACUUCUCUGGGAAUUAAACUGCGUCGCUUUUGAGUUCCUUUCAUUCUCUUUCGACGCGGGUUGUUGUUCGACACCAUGAUCUUCGCGCUGUUGUAUCUUCUGCCUCUUUUAGAUGUGCUGAGCUGCGCGGAGGAGAACCUGCGCGUCGGCGCCUCUCGGCUGGACUGCGUGCGGGCCAACGAGCAGUGUCAGCGGGAGCAGGCGUGCAGCACCAAGUACCGCACCAUGAGGCAGUGCGUGGCCGGUGCCAAGGAGAGCAACUUCGGUCUGGUGGCCGGCGUGGAGGCCAGGGACGAGUGCCGCAGCGCCGUGGAGGCGAUCAAGCAGAGCCCACUGUACAACUGCCGGUGCAAAAGGGGCAUGAAGAAGGAGAAGAACUGCCUGCGGAUUUACUGGGGGAACUAUCAGACGUUACGAGGUAACGACUUCUUGGAGGAGUCUCCGUAUGAACCGGUGAACAAACGUCUGUCAGACAUCUUCCGCCUGGCUCCUAUCCUGGAGGGUGGGGAACCAUGGAGCAGCUCUGCCACUUCAGCUCCAGGCAGGGGGGCUGCCCAGGGCAGAGUGUCCCAGGCAAGAGAGCCUAUUCUGGGCAGAGGAAGCCCCUCCACAGAACUUCAGGAUCCCAGUAGAAACAGGAGGGCUCAUCCCAACUGGGCCAUAUUGGGAGAGCCUGCAGUGGCCCGAGAGAACAACUGCCUGACGGCGGCCAAGGCCUGCAACCUGAACGACACGUGCAAGAAGUAUCGCUCAGCCUACAUCAGCCCCUGCACCAGCCGCGUCUCCACCUCAGAGAUCUGCAACAAAAGGAAGUGCCACAAGGCGCUGCGGCAGUUCUUUGACAAGGUUCCUCCAAAGCACAGCUACGGCAUGCUGUUCUGCUCGUGCCCUGUUAGCGACCAGACAGCUUGCUCCGAACGCAGGCGUCAAACCAUCGUCCCUGUCUGCUCGUACGAGGAAAAGCAGAUGCCAAACUGUCUGGAGCUGCAGGCCUCCUGCAGGACCAACUACAUCUGCAGGUCCCGACUGGCUGACUUCUUUGUAAACUGCAUGUCGGAGCCUCGCUCGCUGUCUGGCUGUCUGAAGGAGAACUACGCUGACUGUCUCCUGGCUUACUCUGGCCUUAUUGGCACCGUGAUGACCCCCAACUACCUGCGCUCCCCCAAAAUCAGCGUCUCCCCUUACUGCGACUGCACCAACAGUGGCAACAACAAAGACGACUGUGACAAGUUCACUGAGUUUUUUACAGAGAACACCUGCCUCCGGAACGCCAUCCAGGCCUUCGGGAACGGAACGGACAUCGGCAUGUGGCCGCCGAUAUCUCCCGUUCAGACCACCACUUCCAUCACCACUCCCUACCAAAGAAACCGCGAACGCAACCCCAACAGCAUAGACAACCACAUCAAUGCUGACUCCAGCCUCUACCACUUCUGUGGCAACUUACAGGCUCAGAAACUACAUUCAAACGCCACUGUUGAUGUCUGUUCAUCUGAUCCCCAGGCUCCAAAGGUAGAUGAUCCAAGCGCGUCCAACGCCAUCCUGCGAGGAUCAGCUGUCUGUAGACAGGCUGUGGGCGUCACCUCCCUGCUGCCCCUGCUGCUCUACUUUGGAGUGCAGGGCUACUUGUAGCCCUGUGCUGCCAGAAAGCUGCAAAUUAUGGACUGAGAAACUCAUAUUUGUAUAAAAGAAAGCAAAAAAGGAAAAAGAUAUCCUUUCUUUUUCAGUACCUUUGUUGUAGUUUUGUUGUCCCCAGAUCUUUUCAUUUACACUUUUGUUUCCCAAUCCGUUGGGUUUUGCUUUGCAGCUUAAUGCUAAAAUUGUGAUUUAUCAGACAUUUUCACUUCAUUCCAGCUGGUUCGGUCAGAAAUGUGGAUUUGAAGCAUUUACGAAUGCCGCUUGAGCUGGAAGAUAUGACAGAAUACCCUUGAGGACUACGUUCCACUGAUGGAUGAGCAAAGACCCUUGAAACACAGUGUAAAUUAACAUCAAUUUUCAGAGUUCCCCAUUCAAGUUUUCACCCAUUAAUGUAUGCGUGUGGAGGCUUUUUGGUGGGAUCAUUUGCUUAACAGUAAGUUCAGUAAAGUUACAAUCUAUCACUGAGGCAGCAUUUUUUGGUGUUGUUCAGUCUCCUUUGUGAUUUGUGUAUGUUUUGAUAAUGAUGUGAUCUGGUAUUUUACAUUUUUAUGAGCUUAACUAAAUACUCAAAUGCACAUUACCUGCUUCAAAGCAGUGUAAAAGUUUCAAAGGCCACACCCAGAAAUGUCUUUGUUGUAUUUCGUUCUGAACACUAACGUCAGCUGAUAAGCACACAUGGCAAAGUCCCACAAACAAAUACAUCACAUGUCGUCUGUUACUGCACCUCCUUAAAACCCUCCAUUCUUUAGUUCCUUUAUGGAAGACAACAGCAAAACUCAUGAACAAUAAUCUUAUGGUUGAAACUCAUGCACCUGAUAAAUUGUCAACCGUUUUCAACAACUCUUAAUUAAAAUUGCCCCAAAUUCUAUGCUUCCCUAAUGUCAGAGUGGGUUUAAUUGAUUAUUUUCUGAAAUCCUUCCAACCUCACACCCUGUGCUAAUUGGUUAUAACCCAACAGUCACAGAUUUCUGACAGGAUUUCUUAGAGGGUAAAAUUGUCAGCUGAGCUGUAACCAGUUUUUUCUCUCUCCAGCAGCCAUUGGGCAAUAGAUGAGGUAUACCGUGAGAAAGUCGCCAGUCCGUCAGGGGACAAAACAGACACACUUUGGACCAACAAUAACAAAUAAAUCACUCAUACACACCAUAUGAGCAAUUUAAAGCUACCAGUUAAGCUUAGGACCGUGGAAGGAAACUGGAGAACCCAGAGAGAAUCCACAGGGAAAACAUGCAAAACCCUAAAGAAAGACCCCAGGUUUGGGAUUUAACUCAAGACAUUGUUGCUCCAAGGCAGCCAAUGCUGCUAACAGUGCUAACAGUUAGCAUUGUUAACGCUCAUGUUCACUGUUUAGUUGCACAGUGCUUUGCAACAGCUUUUCCACCCUUUGAACUACUCCCAUUUAUUUUGUUGUGACAACCAAAAUCAUCAAUUUAUGUUAUUGAUAUUUUAUGUGGCACAUCAAGACACAGUACUUCAUAAACUAUGCAAGCUUUUAACAGACAACACAGCUUAGCCUCAGUUUCAUUGGUCUCAACUGUAAUUUCGCAAUCUUGUCAAAAAUUCUCAGUUGGAUUUAAGUCAGGACUUUGACUGUGCCAUUCUAACAUAUUGUGAUAUGUUAGCUUUAUUCUGCUAAAAGGUGAACUACUGUCCCUGGAUUUAGCUCCAUCUUUACCUGCUGGGAAAAAAAAACAUCACCACAUGAUACGUCAACCACCAUACAUCACAGUGGGGAUAGUUUAAUGAAGUGAGCUGUGGGGAGUUCAAGAGGUGUGACUCCUUGUACAAAGCACAGUAUGAACGGUCUAAUAAACAUAGUAACUGCUGACAGAUUAAGAAAUGUAUUUAAUGACUAUUGACACUAACGGCGACUUGUAAAAAUCAUUGUAAGCAGACUCUGUUGGACUAAAGCAAAAUCUAACAGCUUAGGAUUCAAGGAUUCAAGCCUCUUUAACACAAAGGUCCUUUAAUAAACUGUUUCCUUUGCAGCAUCGUGAGCCAUUGUAACUAAAACGUUUAUCUAUUUGUGCUGUAAUAAAUCAGGUACAAUGCUCCAUUAGAACUUCCUGCUCAAGAACAUUAAUUUGGUGCAAACAUUUCAAGCUGUGGUGUAUUAGGGUCAUUGUGGAUAGAAAAAGAGGAGUAAAUUUUCACCAAAAAAGCUGAGAUAUUUUUAGAGUAAUCCCAGAAAUCUGCGAGGCAAAAACAAGGAAAUUUUUAUAUCCAAAAGUUGAAAAUUUGAUAGAAAAAAACUCUGACAUCGUAAGUCUAAUUAGAAAAUGUUCUAGUAAACACUUGGAAAUUUCAGAAAUGUAUAAUUUUUUUUUUUAUUAAUUUCAAAAUUUAUUUUUUCUUGCAAUUCUAUGCUAUUUCAAACUCUGAAAUGAGUUUUUUCUCAUAUUUCUGAGAUUUUCUGAUAAUUUUUAAAUUUCUUAGUUUCUUGGCACAAAUUUACUACUCUUUCUUUAUCUAUAACAUGCCAUCACAGAAAACAAAACUACUGAUGUUUUUUAAAAGAAAAUCAGCUCCCACAUCUGGCAGAAAUGAGAAUUAAAAACACAUAAUGUUCUAGAGCUGACAUUUUAGUUCCAGUUUAACUAAUUUCUGUGGAUCGUCACGUUGCAACAAGACAGCAGAGAAAUGUUUGGUACUACAUUAAUCUUAUUCAUGGAAUAUUGGUGCCUAGAUAUUUAAAGAAAAUAUCUACAAUAGAAAUGACUGUAGAUGAUACUUGAUGGACCUAUUUCAUUUGAAUCAGUCAGUAACAUUGGGGAUAUAAAAUACUUUGUUUAACUGUACGAACAGCUUUAGUGUUAGCUGGAGUUGAGCAACGAAUCAACUUUCAUCUUUUUUUCUCUCAUUAUCUUCUGUGACCUUCUGUCUGCUCUGUAUAAUUUCCAAGAAGUUUAAGAAAAAGUUUAUAAAAGACUGUGACGUUGAACCCAUACAGUGUCUGUUUCCUGCCACAGGAAAUGACAAACCUUGUUUUCCAUUCUACAUCUCGUUCGCAGCUUGUGUUCAGGAUUUACCUCGGCACGCUGAGCUUCUCUCUCUGACCGUCCGUUGCUCCUGGGGGAGCGUUAAAGAGUCGCUGCUUUGGUUCAUGUAGCUAAUCAGAACACAGUUAACGUAUCGUAGAACCGCAAUAUUAUUUACCAAGCAUAAACAUGGAUAUGCACUGUACGUACUUGGCUGAAACACUUUUGAAUUGGACAAAUUGAUGGCUAAUAAUAUUCUCUUUCAGAGCAUUGUGAACUGUUUCAAUUUUCCAAUUCAACUUAAAGUACAACAAAUAAGCCAGAAUAUAAUUUUUUUUAUGACAAAUGUAUAUUUCUCUGUAUGUAUACGGAAUAUUAUUGCAUCUGAGAAAGAGGCUCGCCCUCUCCUUGUAGUUAAAGCAUAUUGUUUGUACGAUGAAUCCCAUUUACAAAGUUGCUGAAAUGAGCUGUUAGUUUCUUUUUUGGCUAAGAUUGACAAUUAUUUUUCUAACUUUUAUUUACUGGUUUGUUUUUAUUUUUAAGAGUUGAAGUGAACGAGAUGAACCCACCAUGUCCUAAAACUGCUACGAGCAGAUAAUGUAAUUAUUUCUGGAUUUAUCUCCAAAAUUAAUUACAAAGGUGAUGAUAGGAUAGGGAAACUGCUUUGGUGUUUAUAAUUCAGUAAGACUAUUUCAUAGUGUGCCAGAAUUUGACAUGGCAACUCCUUUAAAAAGGUUUGGAGGAAACAAUGUAUUAACAGUUGCCUCAUAAUAAAGUUUUCACUCAGAACCGAUUCUAAGAAGGUUUCUGAAACUUAAAUUGUAAUUCCUGAAGUCUCUUCAGAUUAUGGGAGAUCAGAGUAAAUUGUUUUAAAAAUGGUUCAUCUGAAGACGGUAAACAUGUUCACCGUUUACCACCAACCCAUCUGUUGUCUGAAAUGACCAGAAGUUACCCUUACCUGUCUGUUUACAUCUUAGCUUGUGAAAAUCUAAAAAUGUACUGUACAAAACUUCGAAUUAAAAACUGUUACUU